AUGACGGAUAGCAUGAAAGAGGAGCUGAGGAAGGCACCUUUUGUUGCGGUCAUGUUGGAUGAAACGACAGACAUUAGCAACGUGGCGCAGAUGUCAUAUGUGCUUCGAUAUGUCACUGACGAUGGGAUAAAAGAGCGUGUCUUCAAGUACGAAGAUGUGACAGAGGACAAACGAGCAGAGGCCAUAGCUACACGGCUGCUGGAGUUCCUGAGGGAGAGUGGCUGUAUUGACAAAGUGGUCGCGCAGUGCUACGAUGGAGCAGCUGUUAUGGCCUCUGGAUUGAAUGGGGUGCAAGCGAAAGUUAAGGAAACAAUUCCACAGGCCCUUUUCAUUCACUGCUAUGCUCACAUCUUAAAUCUCGUUUUGUCAAAUGGAGCUUCCAAGAUAAGAGAGUGUAAGGUCUUCUUCUCCCACCUCUCUGGCUUGGCCACUUUUUUCAGCCGCUCAGCAAAGCGCACCAAGCUACUGGAUGAUAUUUGCCAGCAUAGGCUUCCACGGGCAGCUCCUACUCGCUGGUGCUUUCAUUCUUGCUUGGUGUGCACAGUGGCAGAUAAGACCAGGGAAUUGAGAGAGGUGUUCGAGCACAUCGUAGACCAUCACACAGAGUUUGAUGACGAAACUGUUCAUUGCUCUGAUGGAUACAUCACCCUCCUUACCAGCUUCGAUUUCAGCUUUUGGUUGAAAACCUUCCACGCUAUCUUCUCCUACUCGGAUGUUGUUUUUGAAAUACUUCAGAACAAAGGUUUUGAUAUGCAGUUCUGCCUGGCGAGAGUGGAUCAGCUACAGCGACAAAUUGAACAGGAGAAGGGGAACUUUGACAGCGUCUACGAUGAAACCCAGGCUUUGGUUGGUCCUCCGCGCGGCCGUGGAGCUCAAGGAGACGUUCGUGCACGGUACAGGGAGCUCCACUGCAGCGUAAUUGACAGCCUGCUAACCCAGAUUUCCAACCGCUUCAGUGACCACAAAAAGCUGGAAUUCCUGGCCCUUCUGGACCCGCAACAGUUCGGGCAUUACUGUAACUAUUUCCCAACUGCUGCCUUGAACAGUUUGAUGGAGAGCUAUGGCGGAUAUUUCGACCAGCCUCGACUGCACACGGAACUCGCCGUGAUGUACGGCAUGUCUGACAUUUUGGGGAAAAGCCCAGCCGACAUUCAUCAGUUUCUCCUCAAAAAAGGACUGAGUGAAAGCAUGAAACAGGUGUACACCCUCUCAUGCAUCAUCCUGACAAUACCUGUAUCCACUGCCUCUGUGGAGAGGUCCUUCUCUGCGCUGAAGCGCAUAAAAAGCUACUCGAGGUCCACGACUGGGCAAGUCCGACUGUCAGACUUGGCCUUAAUUUCGAUCGAGAAGGAAUUGCUGAUUGCUUUAAAAGCAAAGGAUCACCUGCAUGACGACGCCAUCAAGUUCUUCAUCCAAAAAGACAGGAGGAUGGACUUUGUGUUUAGGUGAUUUGAUCAUCAAAGGUAAGUCAAAGUGAUUUUCAAUGUGGGCCGCCGUGCCGACUUAAUUCAUUUGUAAUUGUUACUUGGCUGUGGGUGCCCUGUCAUGAUAGGUGUUUAUAUAAAUGGUGUUGUUUUGUGUGGUAGAGGGUCGCUGUCAUUGAUGCGUUUUGCACCCCGGGCCGCUGUUUUGAUAUU